ACGAAACAGAAAGACAAAACUCAGCAUCUAGAAUUUAGUUUAAAAAAUAAAUUAUUUCAAUAAAAACAUACUAAACAACAGCAGCGGCAUAAUUUCAACCAACCAAACGAUUUGAUUAAAAACAAAUACUAUAGAAAACUUUCAGUUUCUAAAACUAAAAAAAAAAACAAACAAAGAUUUAUAAAACCAUUAUUUAAUUAAAGAAAAAAAUAUGCGAUAUUGUUUAUUAUUUAUUAUAGUUACAUUUACCAUCCUUUUGGGGGCUUUUUGUUCCGGCCAAACAAUCUCUUCGGAGGAAUUUACUUGGAAAUUAAUAGAGAAUUCCUUAAAUUCCACUAAAAAUACAGAGAAUUUUGUUAUUGCACCCUAUGAGGCCUACAGGGUGUAUAAAGAGGUUUACGAUAUUACAGAAGAGAGUGACGAAAGUGAUUCUAAAGAAAAUGAGACAGAGGAAUUAACCACUAUUAUGCCGGCCAUUAGAAAACAACAAAAGUUGCUGCCUUCUAAUCAAACACAAAAUGAAAAUUUACUUUCCAGCGUAUCUCUAACAGCUAGAUGGUCUUUCAAUUUUCAAACCCGUGAUACCCACAAGCGUAUCUUUCAUCAAUAUGGUAAAACAAAUCAAAAAUUCUGGGCCGAUUUUUUGCGCAAAGACGAUACCUUCUACUAUACACAUGAUGAACAAUUAAACGCCAGUAUUUUGGAAUUGCCUCUAAAUGUUAAGGAAAUUAAACUUAAAUUAAUUUUACCCGAUCAAUGGGAUGCUUUGCCACAACUUAAGGAUUAUUUGCUGGAAAAUAUGGAGGAAUUCAGUAAACUCAUGAAGAAAACUCAAAGAAUGACUUUGGUGCGAGUUCUAUUACCGAAAUUUCAUUUGUCGUAUCGAAAAGAUUUAACGGACUUCUUUGAGGAGAUUUCUUCCAAGCAAGUGGAAAAGUAUGAAAAGAUAUAUCAAUUAUCUAAUUGGAAUUUAAUGAACGUGGUAUUGGUCGUUUCGAAGAACAAGUAA